AUGAAUGUGGAAUUCUGUGACAAAUUCUCCAUUAAUCAUUAUCCAAUGCUCUUUUGGGCCCCUCCCAGGAAGUUCGUUGGUGGAAGCUGGGGACCUAAACUAGAUAAAAGUGAGAUUAUCGUGAUGGAUGAUUGGCGCACCUCUGAUCUUUUGCUAAGCUGGAUUAAUAAGCAGAUAGGCAGUUCUUAUGGCUUGGAUGAUCAGAAAUUUGGAAAUGAGCAUCUCUUGCCAAAUAUAUAUGACCACAAACAGAUUUCUCAGGCUUUAUAUGACAUUGAGGAAGCAACUGAAGAAGCUUUUGAUAUUAUUUUGUCACAUAAGGCAAUCAAGUCAUCUGAAACAAGUUCUUCGUUUGUCAGGUUCCUACAGCUUUUAGUGCCACAUCAUCCUUCAAGAAGAUGUCGUAAGGGAAGUGCUGAAAUUCUCCUGAGUUUUGAUGAACUGUGCCCCUCAGGCGCAUGCUCUUAUGGCCAUGAUUCUGCAGUGAAUAAUACCCUACGAAGCUUCCAUAUAUGUGGAAAGUAUCUUCCGCGUGGAUAUUACAUGUUUUGCCGUGGCAGCAAGAAUGAAACUAGGGGGUUCAGCUGUGGAUUAUGGAUCAUGAUGCAUUCACUUUCGGUGAGGAUUGAAGAUGGAGAAAAUCAGUUUGCGUUCAGGGAAAGAUAA